AUGGAUCUCUUAAUCGCCGCCUGCGCCAAUUUUGACCUGGCUAUCAACAUGGAGAAAACGGUGGUCAUACAUCAACCGCCACCCGACGCUGCCUACAUCGCAUCCCAAAUCAACAUGAACGGCGCCCAACUGCAAGCCGUGGACAACUUCACCUACCUGGGCAGCACCUCCUCUCGCACAACCAAGAUCGACAAGGAAGUGACUCGCCGGAUUUCCAAAACCAGCCAAACUUUCGGCCGUCCGCGGUCUCCACCUCAGCACCAAUCAGAAGAUAUACAAAGCAGUCAUCCUGCGGACGUUGCAGUACGGAGCGGAGAUCAGGACGGUCUACAAGAAUCAGGUGCGGAGACUCAAUCCUCUCCACCUUCGACGGAUACUGAAGCUGAGGUGGCAAAACCAGAUCCCGAACACUGA